AUGUCCGUCGAAGCUGAAACCGUCACGACAGAUGUAAGGUUGCCACCUGAUGUGUGGCAACUUCUCUUCGAUGAAUUGGCUUCAAGGGGUGACUUUUCGAGCUUGUACUCGUGUGCUGUGACCAGCAAAUAUUUAGCUGGCUCAGGAGCUCUGGCGAACCUCUACCGUGCGAGUCACAAUGCACCAGUCAAGAGUGGAGGCAAUGAGGCAUUGCCAUUGCAAGAUCAAGAACAGGCUGUCCAGAGGUGGUCAAUCCUGUGGCGAUCCAUCUUGCUCUCGUGCACUGGGGAGACACUAUUUCCGUAUUGCCAUUACCUGAGAGUGCUUGACCUACGUGAUGUCUACAACCUACUGGACGACGACAAAUUCAGAGGUAGGAUAUAUCAAAACUUCUUCUCCGGCUCUCUUGCGAGGUUCAACAUUACUAGUCAGACUAGGGGAAAGGCUCGUGCCUUGAAAUCCAGUAAUAUGCGCCAGACAGUUGCUGCGAUUGGAGAUGCAAUCGUGAAGGCUGCGCCCAUGCUCGAGGGACUCACCGAACCUAUUCUCAACGAACACAACAUCCUUUCCGGUACGUUGCCACGUUGGGCGCCCGAUUUGGGUAGGCUGCGAUCGCUUGAGCUAUGGGAUGGUAAGACGCUCGGCGAUGAAACCAUCCAGGAGCUCUUACACAAGCACUGUCCACAUCUUGACAGAAUCAACAUCUACCAGUGGAUCGACGACGAUUCUGAUAGUCAGCUUGCACGCUUCCUGAAUCGUAUGCCCAAGAACACAUUACAGUAUUUUGAGAAUAAUGGAGAGUGCGGCAUUGGCAUUGAAACAUGCCAGGCGCUGAAUACGCAUGGAGCAUCCCUAAAAUAUCUAGGACUCGCACUUCCGGCGAAAGGAAUUGAGGGACUAGGAAUGAUGCAGAACUGCACGAUGAUUGAGACGCUGAAGUUGACCGAAACACAACCAUCGCACGAUCUCAAGGAGAUGCAAAAAGAUACUCUAGACGGCAUGAUUGAUUGGCUGAGGCAGUGCACAAACCUGCGUGAAGUCAAUCUUAUCGACUUUGUUUCGGCCCCAGACAUCUUAGCACCCGUACUGAGCGAGGAGGGCAUCGAUCUGGAGGACUUGCAAGUCACUGCAAAAGACGAUUACAUGUAUGUGCUCAGGGAGCACCAAGCAUUUCAUGCAGCCAUCGGGCUGCAGACAAAGCUUCAGAGCCUGUUUCUCAAGGCCGAUCCUGACCCUCUAGAGCCUACCGCUCGUAAUCAGCUUUGCGACGCUGUAUGCGAGUUGACAGACCUGCGGCAUCUACACCUCAUGAGAACAUCUGACUACUUCCAAGACGAUCAGCUUCAGCUUCUCGGAGAAAACUUGCUUAAACUGGAGGAUCUUUUCAUUGGUGGUUGGCUGCUGUCUGACAGCACGCUAAAUACACUGUCAUACUUGGAAAACUUGAGGAGUAUCACUUUCAAUGGCCUAUCAGUCUUCACAGCGAAUGGUCUGCUUGAUUUCAUCGAUAGACUAGGACCCGGCAACCGCGGUCUUGCCAUCUCGAUUGACAUGGCUUCACUGGAUGGUGCUCUCAGCAGUGAGGAGCAGGACUUGGUUCGUGAUACCCUAGCCACCAAGGUACAAGGUCGCUUUGAGUACCAGCUCGUCAGAGACCCUGAUGUUUCUGAGUUCGAAGAGUCAGAUUCGGACUGA